GGGUAGUGCCUGCAUUUCGAAGUAUUGGACUGUACAAGUGAACUUCUAAAAGCUCACGAGAAUAGGUUACAUUUCUGCUAUUUCUGUGCUUUUCAGGUCCGCUAUGAAUGCCUUAAAUUUCUGCGGGGGAUCCGACAGUGGCAACGGAGUCUAUCCUCUGCAUAGCGUCAACUCCGUCCUUUUCGACCUCCACCACCAGAUGGCAGACCAGUACCCAGUUUAUCCAUCGGCCAAUCCCUCAACGGUUCACACGUUCUCUGUUGCUGAAAGACUUGCAGAGUUGAUACUGGAGGCCCGUUAUGGGAACCAGCAGAAGCAGCGUCGGAGCCGCACAGCCUUCACUGUGUCUCAGUUACAGGCUCUAGAGAAAGCCUUCCAGCAGACCCAGUACCCUGAUGUAGGUAUGAGAGAGAGACUGGCUGUCUGCAUCAAUCUGCCUGAGGCACGCAUUCAGGUGUGGUUUAAGAACAGAAGAGCAAAGUUCCGUAAGGGACAGCGAUGCUCCCCCAUUCCCAGAGAGCAAAGCCUGGAGGAAGCACAUCAAACCAAGGCAGGAGGGGAAAAGAGGAGUUCCAAGGACUCCAAAACACAAAGCGAAAUAGCUCCUCUCUGGGAAGUCAGUGAUGCUCCCACCAUUUCUUGUCCUGGAGACUCCAUUGUAUCUCAGACCCACUCAAGAUUACAUUCUCCUCCCGUUUUUCCCUUUGUGGGUGGAGAGCGGUACCACCUUCCACAUCAUCAGGCUUUAGGGAUGCUGUCAGCUGGCCUACAUUUCACCCCCACAUUCUGGCCCAUUCUACAGCAACACAGCCCGGCUUUAGGAGUUGCCCCACCAGUUGGUAAAAACUGCAGCCUUUCCCUUCAGACUUCCUGUCUCAGUAAAGCUGUACCCCACUCCAACCUGGGUCUAUAACUGCACUCCCAACAACAACUUAUCUUCAGUGUGUGUUGGCAAAAAGGGACUCAAAGGAGAAAAUAGUACAUUGGUACACUGGUAUCAACAUGGACACAGAUUUUAUACUACUGAUUUUAUACUUUGACUCUAUACAACUUUGUGAGUACGGCAGGUAGCUUAGUGGGUAAGAGCGUUGUGCCAGUAACCCCGAGCCGACUAGGUGAAAAAUCUG